AUGUCGACAGGGCAUAUUGAUGGCGAGACGAAUGGAGGAACGAAAGGCGGAGGUCGUCGGAAGAGGGAAGGACCUGAUCUUGCGAAUGCAGAUUCUCCUGAAAAGCAAAACGAAGUUUCUCCGUAUCAGAGAGACUCUACUGAAGACAACGGCUCGAUGAGCAACAGCAGACCUUCAGCGCUAGACGCAGCUCAAAAUAGAGGGUCUUCUUUAGCAAUGCAGCAAGCGCAAUGGUGCAGCGCAACGUCGCCAGAAUCGGAGAGAAAAGUAGAUAUCGCUGAUUGCGUGGUGGAAAAGACUAUAAUAGCGGGAACACAUCAAGUGUUUGACAUUUCGCACGCCUCGUCUACGGAGCCUGAGGGUACGACUUGUUCGACCGGCUCCACACAUCAGAUCGUUCCUCCUGCAUCUGAGGAGACGGGAGUCGCGGCCACUGAUAUCUUGAGUAGGACAGCCUCCAGGAUGGACAAGGAAGAUCACUCUCAGGAUGACUUCAAACAUCGAAUCAAAACUAGUACCUCCAGCAACUCCAUGUUAGGUGUUGGUGUAGUAGAGCAAAUUCAUCUCCAGCGAAUGAAUCAGGGACCACAACAUGAACAUGAACUAGGUACGUUCCUCACCACUCCAAGAACCUCACCGACUCCUACAGCACUGCGGAAAUCAUCACAGGAUCGCACGAGCAGGUCCGCCUCACUCGCCCGCGAGGACGAUGAGUAUGUUGCUUUUCACCGACACUGGCAAGAGAAGUGGAACGAUCGCGAGGCACGCUUCCUGCAGUCGGAGGCCAUUCUGAGGUCAGAGAAUGACGCACUUCGAACAACAAUCGACGAACUCGAACACACGCUGUGUGCUACCACAAUUGUAGGGGACAACGGCGAUAGAAGUUCGCAAAUCGACCAAGAGCAUACUUCUAGGGACCUCAUUACCGGAGGUAAGAAGAACGUAGUAGAUGUAUCCUCCGGCUCCGCCUCGAGGAGGUGCGCUCCUUCGACAGCUGAUAUUGGUGUCAACACGUCUUUCAUUCUUUGCAUAGAAGAAAGAGAUGCGCAUGCGUCGGACGAAGCUCCUACGCCUGUGGCUUCGGACAAGCUGAAGUUGUUCGAUUCCGAAGAGCAGAGCCACCGAGGGGAUUACAGCAGGGGAACCAUAUUCGUCGAGAUUGACAAAGUCGGACCCCCGCAGCCGCGAGGAGCAAACGUCGAAGAUCAAGAGAGCCUCAUAAGUAGGGAAAAUACGGAGCGAUCACCAGCAUUGGAUCACCGGGAAACGAUCUUUGUUGAGAUAGAUCACGCGGGCGCGGCACCAUCUUCAAAAGCACUGGAUCCUGACCUGCAUUUUCUUCCUGUGCAACGAUUACGUCUCAAGGACGCAGGAGUUGGAUGUACAGGACUGGAUUUCCUAGAUACCGCGGAUGCUGGAGUGAACACAUCAUUUGUUUCAACCUCUUCCGGACGAGCCUCGACCGUCGACGUCGAGAUCCCGCAGGAUGCGUGCCGUGCUGUCAUACACACCGCCUCAAGCACAGAAGUUUGCGGUCGACUCGAGUUGCCGGUGCAAAUUGUUGAACGUGAAGCAGAAGUACAGGCACAACAAGAUCAUGGAAAUUGGGAGGAGAAUGAUGAGCGUUCUGUCCUUCUGGAAUCGCAGUUCGAGGCCCUUUCGAGUAUGAUGUUCUCUGAGCUGGGCGAACUGAAGCUGAAAUUUGAAGAAGAGAUGAAGCAUUUUUACCAGGAGGAUAUCUCACCGCGUGUCUCGCGUAGUCAUGCAGCAGAGAGGGCAGAGAUGCUUCGGAUUGAGAACGAAAUCAAAAUCAGGAAGCGCAAGAUUGCUGAUCUAAAACACUACCCAGCGGCUUUCGGAAGUGACCUUUCUAGUGUUAGUACUUCUGUAACACGGGUCGUGGUGGCCGGAGAAGUAGCUGCAAAUAAUGGAAGACAAACUAGAGAUGCGUCAUCUAGUGCAGGUGAAGGUGCUAUUGACAUUGGUCUUGGUGACAAGAAUAGACUUCUUGACGACGAGAGGGUUUCCAUUACGC